AUGGAGAACCCGAAACCAGCCUGCUCGAGCUUCAUAAUUAGCUUGCUCUUCUACAUGUGUUACUUCUUCUACUUCGGAUUGUACAGCUUUGAAAUCAUUUUUAUCUUCUCCUCCAAAAUGGACUAUGUUAUGCUCUUCGUCCUGGUAAUCACGACUAUAGUGUCCAUCUCCUUGGCAUCCGCCGGAUUAAUGUACACCUCCUUCUUUCUAGUGAUCGUCAUAUCUUUAGCGGAAAUAUACGAAUAUAAGAACUCCUCCUUUGGGCAUGUAGUGGAUGAUGAGUUUAGCAAACUGUUUUUAAUUGUCCGAUUAUUUGCCACCGUUAAUUUCCUGCUAUUUUACUACCUACACAUAAAUAACCUCAAAAGGGAGAAGCGGAUGAAGUUGGCCAAGUCAAAGUCAAGUGAAAAGAAGACACAAACGCAAACACAGGCACAAACGGGGCAUGAAACAAAUUCAGCGGAAUACAAAAAUGACGAUUUGAGACAUGGCGCCGUAAUACCCGUUGGUGGGAAGUUAAUCAAAGAAGUUGUUACGCCCACGCAGAUGCACACGCACAACCACAAGGACAACCACACGCAAGAUAAUGAUGACCCAUCGAAGAAAACACAAGUGAUAGAAGGCUAUAUAUUAAAACAUGUGACCAUUCCGAUUAUACAAAAGGAUGAGAGGUCUCCUCCUCCUGCAGUGCCCAGUCAACAGAGUAAAGCGUUUGAAGUCCCGCCUCACCAUCUUCCAUACACUCACUACAGCGUCAAAAGUGUAGAAGGUAAUGCACACGGGUUGGGAACUAAUCAGCCACUGAGUGGUGGCACCUUUGUUGAUGACAGCUUGGACGAGACCUACAGAAGGCAGUAUACCUCCGCGUGGGUACUACCCAACAACAACAGCAGCGGCUUAUACGGAAACAACGUUACCUUCGCAGGGACGGAGAGUCCACAUUUGAAUAAAGCCCCCUACGGAAAUGCAACUUCUAACGCUUUCUAUAAUGGCGGCAUGAACGCCUACCCUGCCAAUAGGUUGCCCGAAGAUAAGGAUCCAUACCAUGUUAUUCCUCACCAGAUGGGGGCCUACCAUUUGGGGGGGUUCCCUUCGGGGCCAUACCAAACGGGGCCAUACCAGACAGGGGCUUACCAAGCGGGGGCAUAA